AACUGCUAAGUCUACGAAUAUGAUUAAUCCUCGUGUAGUGGGUAUAUCCUCAACAAAGGAAAUUGAUUUCGUAAUAUUUUUAUGACGCGUAAUUCAACCGACGCAUUACUAACCGUUGCUAAUCGUUCUAGGUACAGUAGUCAAUAAUAAUGUCUAGAUAAAUCAAUUUAACCGCUAUACAGAGCAAAUUCGUCAAACUUUGAUGAUAUUAAUAAUUACAAUGUUCGUCUUUAAUAAAUUAUAAAAUUGUGGUAAUAUUUUGCACACUGGUGACCGAUGAUGAAAACUUUCGAUGAGAACUAAAAAAUAUUUUAGUAGAAACCUUGCUCAUCCGGUGGAAGUGCAGCCCUUUGUAAUCUUGACACGUGUUUCCAAGUCUUAAGCACGAGUUGUAAGGCCGGAGGGACAUUUGUAAAAAACGAUAGACGUGUGUGUGUGUAUAUGUCGUGUAUGCGUCGUAUGCGGCGCUGGUUCUGCUGAAACUCCGCAGAGUCGCAGUAUUAAUCGUUAGCGAAUUCACACACUUACACAUGUUGUCACUUGUCUCGUCGCUGGGUUGGUGGUGGCGCGUACGAUUUAUAUUUUUAUUCGUCCACAUUGUUAUUCGCCAUCAGGUAGGCGCAUUCGAUUUGGAUGAAAGAAAUACAAUCAUACACGCUUAAAAAACCUUAGUUCACGUCACGUUUUAGGUGACGACGAGUGUGUAUUUGUGUGUAUGUUACUACGGCAUCGGUAGCGACAGUUACGCAUAGUAGCCCCACGUGUGUGACGCAGUGCACGAAACACAUUAUCGCGUUUGACGUUUUUUACAUAUUUUUUUUUCAUCCAAUUGCCUUCCGCCGGAAUGGUUUCGCCCAGUGAUUAUUUCUUUAGUAAUCUGAGGUCGCGUGCGUUUAGUUGCGUUUGUUUAUCUGGAAAAACUUUUUUUUUCUUUUUAGAACAAUAAAAUAAAUUCAGAUUAGAGAUAAAUAAUAAUAAUAUACUACUAUUUUAUUUAAUACGUGCGUAAUGGUACAGCAGCAACUGCGGCAGCGGGGCAGAGCUCUGCUGCACCAUUGUGUUGUUUAUGUUAUUAUUACAUGUAUAUAGUGUGACCCGUGUGUUCGAUUUUUUUCUCCGUGUUUAAUAUAUUAUAUUAUGUGCGUUUUAAUUUAAUGGGUUUUUAUCUCCGACAACAGCCUCAGGGGUUCCCCGCUACACCCGCGCCAGCUACCGCUCGACGACGCCGUGCACCUGUGUCUGGCUGACUCGUUCACUUGCUUACGGGCAUACGCACGACGCACGAUAAUAUUAUUAAUAUUAUAUAGUGUUUGUUGUUGUCGAUUUAGAAGUAUAGUAACAGUUGCAUAAAGCGAAUACGUUAUUUCGUCAUCUCUUGGGGAUCACAUGUGGUCGUGUGCCGUCGAUUUCAGUCUUUGCAGUUGUAGUAAACUAGAUAUAGUGUUUUUACUGCCGUCUUGUCCUUGGUGCCUAGUAUUAAUAUCAUUAUCGAUUCAGAAAAUAAAAAAAAAUGUUCUCCCGUGUCGUUUCGACUAGCUCGUUAAAUAACAACCCAUAGUAUUAAAUUCGUUAUCAUCACGUAUGCGUAACAGUUGUUGAAUACGUGUCGUUAAAAUAUACCUAUAUAUUUUUGACAACUGUUUUUAGCAAGUUAUAAAAUCUUUAUUUCGAGAGCAAAGAGGAUGUGUCAACAGCAGUACAUGCACGCUUUACUUUGUCAUUACUAUUCAUCAAUAGAUAAUAUAAUUUAGAUAGUUAAAAUUCUCCUAAUUUCCUUAUUUUGAAGGUGGAGGGAGGAUUCUUUGUGACUACUAUCGAAAUCCGUAUUUGCGUCUUGGAAAAUCAUAAUAAUGUAGGUAAUAUAAUGACUGUGUAGGCACAAACAUGAUUUUGCCGAUGGUGACGACGAUUUGUCCUCUUAGUGUGUCGUCUGGGAACCACUUGUGAUGCGUCCUGCAACUCGCCUGUUGGCUCCGGACAAACACCGCACCUCUGCCCGCGACGUUUCUGUUUCUAACCCUCCUCCCGCCACCCAUCGUCGUUUUUAAUAUUUUUAUCGUGUCCUUAUACACUCCAAUGGACAACUGCUGGUUUAAAUGUUCAGUAUUCACUAUUCAGUGUUUGGUUGUAGACGAUUGUGACUUGUUGGGUUGCGUUAUUUAUCCCUCUGUGGUCCUACAAUGACGUUAGUGUUUUUUUUCUAGUUCCGUUGAGAUUAUUAGAGUGUAUUACCUACUUUUUUUUUUAAAUUAAAAAUUGAAUGAAGAAUGAAAAACAAUUAACUCCCCGUCCGAAUUCGUAAUAUUUAGAUCAUUAUGGAAUCUCCACAAGAAGAAAACGUGUCAUUAGAUUUUGGCACAACAACCAAGGAAGAAGAGUAUCUUUUAUCUGUAUCCACUGGUUUUUAUGAGGAAGAAUUUGACGACGACGAAGUAUUUUUGGACGAUUCACAAAGUAUUGAUAUGGAAUCAUUAUCGGAAAUUCCAACCCGUGUUCGUAGAACUUCAGAUGUUAUUGACUGUGUUGGCGGAACUAUGUCUCCAGCACAUAUUAAACGUCAUAGUUUUCCAUCAGCAUCUGGUGAGGUUACGUAUUCAGCUACAUCACAGGCUACAAACAUCACAGAUCUAAAUCGAUCUAGGCGUACUGAGCUGACCACAGAAUCAGUUGAUCUUGGCUAUAGUAGCCCUGGUGCACAGUCUUCUUCAGGCAGAUCUAUUAAAGGAACAUGGUUCAGGUUUAGUAACAGUAAUGAUCCUGAUUCUGUUGAUGCUCGACCAACUCACAUAUUAGAUGAAGAACAAACAUCCAAUUCAAACAGCAAACUAAGUCCUGGUUUCAAGAAAUCUGGCGAAGAGAUUAGAAUGCCUGUAACUAAAGAUGCUACAUGUUAUAAUAUGGAUCAUGAAUAUCGAGGUAUCGCUGUUAUCAUAAACAAUGAUGUUUUUGAAGGACCUGCACAGAGUUUACCUGAGCGGAAAGGUUCAUGGAAAGAUGUCGAAGAGUUGAAAACAAUGUUCUAUCGUUUAGAUUUUAGUGUUUUGGUUUGGAAUAACUUGUAUCACGAAGAAUUAACUCAUCGUUUGAAUGAAUUGGCUAAUGAUGAUCAUUCUCAAAGUGAUUGUCUUGCUAUUGUUGUGUUGACUCAUGGGAUCAGUUCAUCAUUUAUUUAUGCCAAAGACAAUCCAUACCCAGUUGAAUUUUUGUGGAAUUCAUUUACACCUGAUAAAUGCCGUACACUGGCUGGAAAACCUAAAAUGUUUUUUGUACAGGCAUGUCGCGGAGAAAGGCUUGAUCCUGGUAUUACAUUGCGUAGAGAAGUGGAAACUGAAGUAGAUUCUUCCAAUGCCUCAUACAAAAUUCCUAAACAUGCAGAUUUUUUGAUUACUUUCAGCACUUACGAUGGUUAUUAUUCGUUCAGGCAUCCUGAGAACGGUACAUGGUUUAUUCAAAGUCUUUGUAUUGAAAUGAACAAACAUGAUCUUAGCAACAAUGAUUUGUUAGGAAUUAUGACUCGUGUGUCUAGACGAGUUGCUUUGGAUCAUGAAUCUUACAAUCCAGAUCACCCAUGGCUACAUAAACAAAAGCAGAUACCCACCAUUCACUCGAUGCUCAUUAGAGAUGUGUUUUUUAAGCCUAAAAAUAAACCUCCUCCCGAACCAGUUAUUUUACAAAAUAUCGUUAUCUGAGUAAAAUUAUACUUGAAGCUAGAAAGAAAAUAGAAACCAACUAUGAAAACAAAAACAACAGCAACUAUUACGUGUGCACAAUAAUGUAAUUUACCAGUAUGAAAUUAUAUAGUUCAAUGAGUGCGUACCCAUAAGUGUUCAAAAAUUUUAAAUUUUAAGAAUUCUAAAUUUUGUGAUAAGAAAAUGUCUUUUUAAGACUGAAUCGAUUUUGAUUAACAAUUAUUUUUUUUGAGAAAAAAAAUUGAUCUUCAUAAUUUUUGGUAUUGUUUUUUUGUUAAACAUUUAUUGUUAUUUUUAUCAACAAUAAUUAACAUUCUUCAUUUAGCUUUAAUAAUAUCAAUAUUUCUACUAACUUUAAAUCUGUGCAAUGAAUUUUAAUUUAUUUCUGAUUGAAAGAUUUCUAAAUUUUAAUUGACAUGCAUAAUUUUCAUUCAACAUCUUUGUUGAAAAUUUGAACAAAAUCAUACUACAGCUAUUUGCCAAUUAUUCAAACCAAGAGUAUUUGCUCAGCUAUAUAUUAUUAAUUAAAAAAAGUAUUAUUCAUUUUUUUAAGUUUAAAGUAUUUUAGACAUUUUUAAUUAUUACUGUUAUCGGGCAUUAAAACUGCCUAUUG